AUCAAACAGAUGAUGGAGGCGGCCACCCGGCAGAUUGAAGAGAGGAAAAAGCAGCUGAGUUUUAUCAGUCCUCCAACACCACAGCCAAAAAUUUCUUCUUCGUCCCAAUCGGAACGGCUUCCCAUCGGCAACACGAUCCAGCCCUCCCAGGCUGCGACGUUCAUGAACGAUGCCAUCGAGAAGGCCAGGAAAGCCGCGGAGCUGCAGGCCCGAAUCCAGGCUCAGCUGGCCCUAAAGCCGGGGCUCAUUGGGAACGCCAACAUGGUGGGGCUGGCCAACCUGCACGCCAUGGGCAUCGCACCGCCGAAAGUGGAGCUGAAGGAUCAGACAAAGCCUACGCCGCUGAUCUUGGAUGAGCAAGGCCGAACGGUUGACGCGACUGGUAAAGAGAUUGAGCUGACUCACCGCAUGCCAACCCUGAAAGCGAACAUCCGAGCUGUGAAGAGAGAGCAGUUCAAGCAGCAGCUGAAAGAAAAGCCCUCAGAAGAUAUGGAGUCAAACACUUACUUUGACCCCCGCGUCUCCAUAACCCCAGCCCAACGUCAGAAACGCACCUUUAAGUUCCAUGAAAAAGGCAAAUUUGAGAAAAUUGCCCAGAGGUUGCGAACAAAGGCUCAGCUGGAAAAGCUGCAGGCAGAGAUUUCGCAGGCUGCCAGAAAGACGGGGAUCCACACCUCCACCAAAUUGGCUCUGAUCACCCCCAAGAAGGAGCUGAAAGAGGGGGAGAUCCCCGAGAUCGAGUGGUGGGACUCCUACAUCAUCCCCAACGGCCUUGACUUAAAAGGUGGCACAUCUUCAAAGAGAGACGAGUACUUCGGGAUCACGAAUCUCGUGGAGCACCCGGCGCAGCUCAACCCACCAG